AUGUUUGUACUCCUGGUCAACCUGUCCCUGGCAGAUCUGUGCUUCACCUCCACUACAGUGCCCAGGCUCCUCCAUGCCUUGCUCACAGGGGAUCAGACCAUUACCCAUUCAGCCUGCCUCUCCCAAGUCUUCUUUUUCCUGAUGGCAGGCAACGUGGACAGCUAUGUAUUAGCUGCCAUGGCAUGGGACCGCUAUGUAGCCAUAUGCAGACCAUUGCACUAUGCUAAUGUGGUGACCCUGCCUCGAUGUAUGGUGCUUCUGGGAGCUAUGUGGGUGGGCACAGCCCUCCAUUCUUUGCUCCACACAGUCCUCAUUGCUCGCCUCACCUUCUGCAGUCAUCGUGCUCUCCCAUAUUUCUACUGUGAUGUCCAUCCUUUACUACAUCUUGCCUGCUCUGACACCUCUCUCAACUACCUGGUAGCUGUAUUUGAGGGUGGCCUUGUCAUCAUCAUGCCUGCUGUUUGCAUUAUGGUCUCUUAUGGCUUUAUUGUAGCUGCUGUGUGUAAGAUUCGAGCCCCUGGAGGUUUCCAGAAGGCAUUUUCCACGUGUGGAUCCCAUCUAACUGUAGUUUUGCUUUUCUAUGGAACUGUACUGGGUGUCUACCUGCAGCCCCCAAGCCAAGGUGAGGGCCAAAAGGAAGGCCGAAAUCUUGUAACAACAGUUAUGUUUUCUGUGGUGGCUCCAACCCUAAACCCCUACAUCUAUAGUCUGCAGAACAGAGAAAUCAAAGCAGCCCUGGUAAAAGUGUUUAUGGGGAAUUAG